CCUUUAUUUUAGUGUCCGUAGCGAUGACGGACCAAAGAAAAGGUUGCACUUAAAGAUGGCGCUGUUCAUGGACACAAGAUUAUUACUGAGGAAAGUGAAAGAUUUAAGAUUUUUCACGCCAAGACGAAACCGAGUAAAGGCAAAAUGGGCUGCCACACCUACCAAGCACCCUCCCACCAGUCUGUCUCUGCAGCACUUUGAUGCCACUUACAGCGUCCAGCUGGGGAAGUUGUGGCCAUCAGUCCGAGUCGCUAUGCUGUCAGAGAGGAAGUACGGAGCCCUGCUAAAUAAUUUUUCCCAUGAUGCUAUUCUGGCAGAAUUGGAAGCCCAGGGAUGUAGAAACUUCCUCCGUGAUACAGAUACAGAAGCUCACCUAUGUUUGGGACAAGAAUCUGAGGUUGUGGCCGAUGUGGAAUACAGCGGUAUUUCCAUAUCUAAGGCAUCUGACGUUGAUGGUCACCAGCCAUCGCCCCUACACCUCAGUCCUCACAUCAAGUGCUUAGUGUUUCCAAGAGGAGAUAUCACAAGAUUCAAACCCGCUAGACCAGACGUUUGUGGGUUGUUGGGUUAUUAUCUGAUGGACGCAGCGUCUGUGCUGCCUUGUCUCGCGCUGAACGUCCAAGAAGGUCACAAUGUGCUUGACCUCUGUGCUGCUCCAGGAGGCAAGACCCUGGCUUUACUUCAGACCCAGUCUGUUGGGUUUUUGUGCGUAAAUGACGCCUCAGUGUCUCGGACGUUACGACUGAGAAGAGUCCUCAACAGCUACAUUCCUAAGUCGCUUUUAACGGACCAGAAGCUACGCAUCACCUCCUUUGACGGCACCAAGUGGGGUGAUUUCGAAAGUAACACUUUCGACAGAGUCCUUGUUGACGUCCCCUGCACCACAGACAGACAUUCACUGAUGGAGGACGAAAACAAUAUAUUCAAUAAGAGCAGGACCAGUGAGAGAAGAAGACUCCCGCAGCUGCAGCUGGAGCUACUGAUGGCGGGGAUCGCAGCAGCUUGUCCAGGUGGGGAGAUUCUUUACUCCACCUGCACACUCUCUCAAAUCCAGAACCAGACUGUGGUAGAACAGGCGAUCUACUUGGCUCGCGAGAACCACGGCAUCAAUCUUCAGGUUGUUGAUCUGCAACCCCUCACCCACAUGUUCAGUAAAACCUUUCACUUUGCUCCUGACCUCCACCUUGGUGAGAUGGUCAUCCCCCACUUAGCAGCAAACUUUGGCCCCAUCUACAUGUGCAAGCUGAGGAGGCUCACAUAGACCGUGACAGCUUUGCCUAAAAGGACUUGUGAAUGACUGUGUUACGGUUCUAUGAGCGAAGGAUGAGUUAAGCUGUCGAUGUUGGAGGACCGUAAAUUGACAGUUUUUCAUCAUGCUGGUGGACUUUUGAAACACUUGAACUACAGUCUGUUAAAUGUGACAAAAACACACACAGAAUCCAUGAUAUUAUCAUUGUGUGGUACGUUGAACUGCAGUUUUUUAUGGAAACUUUUUUCUAAAACAGCAGGAACACUUCAUUAAAUUAAUGGAAGUCUAUGUUUUUAGUUAAGUUUAAUUUAGUCAACAGUUUUGGAGUCAACCAGCUUCGCAAUGUGUCUUUUUAAUUGUAGCUUUACUUUUUCACCUGUAGGUGGCAACAGAAGCUCUAGAUUAAAACUAUUCUGUGCACACUGGAAGACCCUAAAGGCGUGUUUUUUUAAGGUUAUAUGUUGACAAAAGAUCCAGAAUGCAUAUCCUUAGACUUCCCAUUAUCGAAACACAAAUUUGCAUCAGAAUUACCGGCUCUCUUUGAGCCCCAAAUGAAAAUGGUAUUGGCUUGUUUUAUGGUUAUUCAUCAAGUUUGAUGGCUUUGUCUAAUAAUACAAUAUGUGGGUAUAUGGAAGAAGGGCAUAAUGAACAGGCAUAAACUUUCAUUAUUUUAUCUGGAUUGACUCUGCUUUGCAUUGACAUUACUCAGAGUUGAAACGUUUCCUCUUAUCACUGCCUAAUGUGAGCGGAGAGGUGCCUCUCUUACCAUCACACCACCGAUGACCCUUUAUGUUAUCCUGGCCAGGCAAUGUAGCGUGAAAAACGUGUGUGUGUGUGUGUGUGUGUGUGUGUGCGUGUGUUUGUGUCUAACGAGUCCACCAUCCACACCCCUCUGUCAUUAAGCUGCUCCAAGUGCAGGAGCCGACUCCCAUCCCCAUGCAGGGAUGGACGCCAGCCAUGCGGCUCCCAGAUGAACAUUAAAGAGGCAGCAGAGAGCUAAAAUGGGACAUUUCGCCCUGUUUUGCCCCUCUGCGUUUCUGUUCCACAGAUGAGUGCAGAUAAUUUUCUGUGCGAUUGUGAGUGAUUACUGUAUUACUGUGGUAAAAGGGGGAUGUAUCUGGGAAUGCGGAGGGAAUUAAUGACACAUAAAAACUAUUUUUAUAUUGACUGCUUUCGUCUCCAGGGCCUUGAAUGCCUCCUCGCGCAUCUUGUGAUUACCUAAACGUAUUGUAAAUAUGUGUUUCCUAUGCGCUCUUACAUAAAUUUACAUGUUUUAACACUCUGGAGACGGCAGACUGUUAGAGAUGAGUUACUCUCUAUUCUGCCUAUAGACUUGACUCGCUGUCUCUUAUUAUUGAAUAAGCCAAUGAACCAUUCUGAUUUUGUGUCCCUGUGUGUAAGCCUGUGUUUGGGAAACCUAUUCUUUGUAUUAAAAAGAUGAAUAUUAUGGAUUUAACUACACAACCCAUGCUCCUGUUGUGUUGUCAAAUACAAUUUCUCCGUGGCUUUUUUGAUAAUAACACUAAUAGCACCAUAUAUUCACCUCGUACCACACAAGCUUCUACUGAACGAA